AUGGGUGUCCGAGCGGCACAGAGCACGGAACGGUCGCGCCUCGCGUCUUCUAAUGCAGGAACAAGCAUCAGAUGGAAUGUCUCUCCAGUUGUGGCAGGCCUCAUUGGUGCUACCGUCCUUGUGGUUUCUGUCUCAGUAACAGUUUUUGUGUGGACAUGCUGUCACCAGCAAGCAGAAAAGAAGCACAAAACCCCGCCCUAUAAAUUCAUUCACAUGUUGAAAGGCAUCAGUAUCUAUCCGGAGACCUUGAGUAACAAGAAGAAAAUUAAUCGAAUCCGGAGAGACAAGAAUGGCACUCCUAAGGAGGGCGGAAGGGGAAACCUCUUGGUGGAUGCUGCUGAAUCUGGUUUAAUAAGCUCUGAUAAGGCUCCAGAUGGGCCAAGUGCAGCCCCCUGCGUUGACCAGCUCCCAAUAAAAGAAGAUUACGGAGAUGAACUAAGUCCAGAUCAAAGCCUCACUCCAGGAGGAAGUAAAACCUCCUCCCCAUCUUCUCCAGGGGAAGACAUCAUGUUGGGUGAACUGACUUUCUCAGUGGACUACAACUUCCCUAAAAAAGCACUGGUAGUUACUAUUCAGGAGGCUCACGGGCUGCCAGUGAUGGAUGAACACACUCAGAGCUCUGACCCUUAUAUCAAAAUGACAAUUCUUCCGGAUAAAAGGCAUCGAGUGAAGACUCGCGUGCUUCGCAAGACGCUGGACCCAGUCUUUGAUGAAACCUUCACCUUCUAUGGGAUCCCAUACAGCCAGCUCCAGGAUUUGGUGCUUCACUUCCUCGUGUUGAGCUUCGAUCGCUUUUCUCGAGAUGAUGUUAUUGGUGAGGUCAUGGUGCCCCUUGCAGGGGUGGAUCCAAGCACUGGAAAGGUUCAGCUGACCAGGGAGAUCCUCAAAAGGAACAUACAAAAAUGCAUUAGCAGAGGGGAGCUGCAGGUCUCCUUGUCCUACCAGCCUGUGGCGCAGAGAAUGACUGUUGUGGUGCUGAAAGCCAGACAUUUGCCAAAGAUGGAUAUCACUGGCCUCUCAGAUCCAUACGUUAAGGUGAAUGUUUAUUACGGAAGAAAGCGCAUAGCGAAAAAGAAGACUCACGUGAAGAAGUGCACUUUGAAUCCUGUCUUCAAUGAAUCCUUCAUUUACGAUAUCCCCGUCGAUCUCCUUCCUGACAUCAGCAUUGAGUUUCUAGUUAUCGAUUUCGACCGUACCACAAAAAAUGAAGUGGUGGGGCGGCUGAUUCUGGGAGCGCACAGCAUCACCGCAGGCGGCGUGGAACACUGGAGAGAGGUGUGUGAGAACCCUAGGAAGCCAGUUGCCAAGUGGCACAGCCUGAGCGAGUACUAGCAGAGGUUGCGGCAGCGACAGCCGACUCGUAGAACAGACUUAAACCUUGUUUUAGCUGUAGAACUAAACUUUCGUAAGCAGCAGCAGCUGAUUGGUUCUGUAGUGAUGUGAUUUUGCAGGGCACUAAAAUUCUAAAGAGCAUUAAAUGAAAAAAAAAA